GCUCCAGCAUUAUUGGUUGCUAAACAUGAUGGUUCAUGGCGAAUGGUAGUUGAUUAUAAAAAAUUAAAUAAUAUUACAAUUAAAGAUAAUCAUCCGUUACCCAAUAUGGAACAAGCAAUACAAGUACUUGGUGGUGGUUAUAAUUUUUUUUCAAAACUUGAUAUGAAAAGUGGAUUUUGGCAAAUUCCAAUUAAACAAGAAGAUAAAUAUAAAACCGCCUUUAUUACUCCUGAUGGUUUAUAUGAAUGGAAUGUUUUAGCACAAGGUUUAAAGAAUAGUCCACCAUCUUUUCAACGUGUUAUGACCGAUAUUUUAUCACCAUGUCGUCAAUUUUCAUUAGUUUAUAUUGAUGAUAUUAUAAUUUAUUCUCGAUCAUUUGAAGAACAUCUCGCUCAUAUGACACAAAUAUUAUCAAUAUUAUUAAAACAUAAUUUUCAACUUAACCCAUCCAAAUGUAGUAUUUUUCAACAUCAAAUUGAUUAUUUAUCUCAUACAAUUUCUGAACAUAGUGUUAAACCUACUGAUGAAAAAAUUCAAGGUGGUCUUUCUUGGUAUCGUAAAUUUAUACCACAAUUUGCAACCAUCGCUGCAUCUAUUCAUAAAAUUACCAACCUCACCAAACCGAAUAAAAAAAAAUUUAUUUGGGGAGACUCCCAGAAACAAGCAUUUUUACAAUUAAAACAUUUGCUGGUGACGUCUCCGUUAUUUCUUGAUUUUCCAAAUCAUAAAUAUCCCAUUAUUUUAACAACUGAUGCUUCAAAAGUAGGUAUUGGCGGUACAUUACAACAAAUUAUUGAUGGUGAAACAAAAAAUUUAUACUAUCAUUCUCAAGUUACAUCAUCCACUCAACGACGAUAUGAUCCAAUUGAAUUAGAAGCUUUAGCUAUCUGGUUAUGUUUUCAACGAAUGAGAUCUUAUUUACUUGGGCGUUCAAUUAUAAUUUAUACAGACCAUUGUCCUUUAUGUAAUAUGAUGAAUUCAUCAGUGAAGAAUCGUCGAGUAGAUCGUAUUUCUAUAUUAUUACAAGAAUAUAAUAUUGAAAAAAUUAUUCAUAUCAAGGGUCAACAUAAUUGUUUAGCUGAUUAUUUAUCUCGUCAUCCAAUUCAACAUCAUGAAGAAAUAUUUGAUGCGGACUACGGUAUAAAAAUGUUAUUUGAUGUGGAACCACCGACUACGGUGUCAGUUCCCGAUACAAAGCCUCCAGUUAUUAAUGCUGUUGUUACACGUUCUAAACGUAAACAAAUGUUACAACAACAAGUUGUAUCCAGUCACACUCUACCAAUUAAUCCAUCAAAAAAAACGUUUUCUGGCAUGCAACCAACAAAUAUAGAACCAUCUACAUCCUUUACUUGUCCUUAUUUUGAUAGUGAGCGUAUUAAAAAAGAGCAAACUAAGGAUCCCAAUAUACAACGAAAAAUCAAAGAACUACAAGGUAAAAAUAUUAGCACUUCUUACAUUUUUCAUGACGAAUUGUUAUAUAAAUUAAUGCCUAUGCAUAAGAAUAGCAUAAAGAAAACUAAAGUAAUAUUUUUACCCACUACGCUGGUGGACUCUCUUCUUAAGGCAUACCAUACUGACCCAUUAGCUGGCCAUUUUGGUAUCAAACGUACUUAUUUAAAAUUAAAGAAUAGGUUUUGGUGGCCUGGCAUGUUACAUUCUAUUAUAACAUACAUAAAAAAGUGUUUACCUUGUCAACAACAUAAUAUUAGUCGUAUUAGAAAACCAGGUCAUUUAUGCUCGAUUGAACCACCUGAUGGACCUUUUCAGUUAAUUGGUAUUGAUUUUUGUGGACCCUUUAAUCGUACCCCUCGAGAUAAUCAAUAUGUCUUAUGUAUUACAGAUUAUUUUACCAGAUGGAUUAAUGCGAUAGCUUUACCUAAUUGCUCCGCUCAAACAACGGCUCAAACAAUCUUUGAUGAUUAUAUUUGUCGAUAUGGCGUACCGAAAUCCAUUUUAUCUGAUCAAGGUACUCAUUUUAAUAAUCAAUUAAUGGAUUCUAUGGCUAAAUUAAUUGGAUAUACACAUAUCUUUUCUACUGUUUACCAUCCACAAAGUAAUGGAAUGGUUGAACGAUUUAAUGCUACAUUCGUACCACAAUUAGCUAAGCUUCAGGAUCGUUACAAUAAUAAUUGGGAUGAAUAUUUGUCGCCAGUUGUUUUUGCAUACAACACUGGUGUACAUUCGACUACACAUUAUUCUCCUUUUCAGUUACAAUUUGGGCGUGAACCUCGUUUACCUAUUGAUAAACCAUCAUCUACUUAUGUAUUUCAUAAGCCGAAUGAUUAUUAUGCUCAAUUACGAAAGAGUCUACAAAUUAUUCAUAACAAUGCUCAUAUUAAUAUUAUUCAACAACAAUCGAAAUAUAAGAAACCUUAUGAUAAACAUCGUUCUGACCCUAUAUAUGCAAUUAAUGAUCAAGUUUUAACAAAAAUUCAAGGUUCCAGAUCUAAGUUAGAUCCUCGAUACUCUAUUACACCACGAAUAAUUGUUAAAACACAGCAUCCUAUUUAUUGGGUUAAAGAUCAAACAUCUCAAUUUAUUCAUCGUGUUCAUGUUAAUGACAUCCGUCCUAUAUGA